AUGCCACCUACACUCGAGAAGAUCGAUACCAACCCUCCCCCUUCUACGAACAAAUCUAAGACCGCCAUGACUCCCGUCACCCACAAACACUUGUCCGAUGAAGAGGUCAAGGCAUACAAGGAUGUCUUUGCUUUGUUCGACAAAGAUGGAAGCGGUACCAUCACGGCGCAAGAACUCGGUGAAAUCAUGAAGUCUCUUGGCCAGAAUCCCUCCGAUUCAGAGUUGCAGGAUAUGAUUAAUGAGGUCGACGUCGAUCGAUCCGGCAGCAUAGACUUCGAAGAAUUCCUCAAGAUGAUGUCUACAACCGUCAAGGCUCAAGACUUUGCUCAUGAGACCCGCGCCGCAUUCAACGUCUUCGAUAAAGACGGUUCUGGCACCAUUUCUGCCGACGAAUUACGUCAAGUGAUGAAAUCCCUUGGGGAGAACUUAACGGAUGAAGAGAUCGACGAGAUGAUUCGCGAGGCGGACAAGGACAAGAACGGAACAAUAGAUUGUACGUUUCACCACUCCCCACAGUUCUGA